UAUUAAACGUGUUAACACAGCAUCUCCAAAUUAAACAAACCCAUAAAUGUGUAUUCAUUAAGUAGUCUCUCUGGAACAGUGGUUCUUAACCUGGGCUCGGUGGAGGAGGAGACACACACCCGACUUAUAUGAUUGGUGAUGACACGCCCCCCGUUUGGCCGUAGUGUUCGGUGAUUACGCAUGUAAAACUGGUGCGGUUCAGUACCUCCAACAAGGUUAAGAACCGCUAGUUUGCUUUUUUUUUUACCCAGAGGCUCAUUUGUCUCGCGAUAUUUGGCGAGCCUACGAGAGGCUAAUGGAAGACGUGAUGACUGUGCAGAAUCAAUGAUCCCGCUGUCCAACAAUCUGCCUGUGAUCCUUUGACGAGAAUUCUAAAACCCGAUUAUCUUACUGAAGAACGAUCGUCAUAAAGAAUUCUGUCUUGUCUGAAACAGAGAAACUUACAUUAAAUUCAACAACAAGAUGUUUAACGCUGUUGUAUGAAAGUAUUUUUUAUGGCCACUAGCUGUUAGUUUUUACAGCUCCAUUGAUUUCUUAUUUCAAUGCGCUGUAUUAAUAUGCGUUAUCUCUGAAACCAAAUGAAGAAUUAAACAGUAAAGUCUUAUUUGGGGACUUUCACAAUGGCUGAUGUCCUUUGGGGCCGCUAGGUGGCAGUACAACACAAGUCGUAGCAGCACAGUGUGCACGGGAAAAGAGAGCUGACGUUGUAAGGACUUGGUAGAUGAUUGGCGAGCUAAGAUGGCGGCGCCAGAGGAGCCAGAAUUAUCGCAGGCACAAACCGAAAAACUGCUCCAGUUUCAGGACCUAACUGGUUUGGAAUCAAUGGACCACUGCCGUCGAACAUUAGAACAGCAUAAUUGGAAUAUAGAGGCCGCAGUUCAAGACAGACUGAAUGAGCAGGAAGGAGUUCCCAGUGUGUUUAACCCUCCACCAUCCAGACCAUUACAGGUCAAUACAGCAGACCAUAGAGUUUAUAGUUAUAUUGUGUCAAGGCCACAGCCCAGGGGCCUAAUAGGAUGGAGUUACUACUUGAUAAUGCUACCUUUUAGAUUUACUUACUACACACUCCUGGAUAUAUUCAGGUUCGCCCUUCGUUUCAUCAGGCCAGACCCACGUGCUCGUGUGACAGACCCUGUGGGAGACGUCGUUUCCUUCAUUCAUAGUUUUGAGGAAAGAUACGGCCAGUCACACCCUGUGUUCUAUCAGGGCACAUACAGCCAGGCGCUGAAUGAUGCCAAACGGGAGCUACGAUACCUACUAGUGUACCUGCACGGGGACGAUCAUCAAGACACUCAUGAGUUUUGCUGCUCCACGUUAUGUACAGAAGAGGUCAUAACCUUUAUCAACACACAAAUGCUGUUCUGGGCGUGCUCCACCAACAGGCCUGAAGGCUACAGAGUGUCUCAGGCCUUGAGAGAAAACACUUAUCCUUUCCUGGCCAUGAUCAUGCUGAAGGAUCGCAAAAUGACGGUGGUGGGCAGACUGGAGGGACUGAUCCAGCCUGAGGACCUCAUCAAUCAGCUCACCUUCAUCAUGGAUGCCAACCAGACCUAUCUCAUGUCAGAGCGCCUUGAGCGGGAGGAACGGAACCAGACCCAGGUGCUGAGGCAGCAGCAGGACGAGGCCUACAUGGCCUCACUCCGCGCUGACCAGGAAAAGGACCGAAAGAAACGGGAGGAGCAGGAGCAGCGCAUGCAAGAGGAGGAGAAGGUUCGACAGAGCGCCCUCGCUGAAGAGCGGAGACGUAGGACGCUGGAGGAGGAGAAGGAGAGGAAGUCGGAAUGUCUUCCACCAGAGCCGGCGUCGGACGAUCCAGACAGUGUCAAAAUAGUCUUUAAGCUUCCCAAUGACACACGAGUAGAGAGACGAUUCCUCUUCAGUCAGUCUCUGACGGUCAUAUACGACUUCCUCUUCUCUCUCAAAGAAAGUCCAGAGAAAUUCCAGAUAGUUACAAACUUCCCUCGUCGAGUUCUGCCCUGCCUCCCGACUGAAGAGCAACCCAACCCCCCCACUCUGAAAGAGGCAGGACUCAGCCGCUCCGAGGUCCUCUUUGUUCAGGACCUUACGGAUGAUUGAACAGUGACAUACCUCUACGUGAAAAUACACACUUCUUUGCCCACCUCUUAUAAUUAUUAUUGUAAUUAUUUUUAUUUUACUUUUUUUCAAAUGGCCAUUAUGCACAAAAGGGCGUCUUUGACAUCGAGUCCUGACCUGGAGAAAUCAAAAACAUCCUGCAUCCGAUCUGAUUCUUUGGUUGUUGACAGGGUUCCCAUUAGCCUGGAAAGUCUUGAAUUUUAUCCAAUAAAUCUUUGUUGAAGUCUUUCCAUGAACUUAUCUUUGUAUCCCUGCAGACGAGGAUGUGCUUUUUCUCUCCUCUGAGACCGAGCAGUUUGGUUUUUAUUAUUUGGCCUCCUGAUGUUGAAACAAAGGAAACAAAGCAUCGACCUCAGUAGCAUCGGUUUGUUUGAAACCCAGAACCACCUGACCUGGAUGUUACAGAGACGGGACAGAGACGGGUCACAGCGCCACCUCUGGAUCUCUUUCACAGUGUGGAUGUUUUUCCCCUUUUUUGUAAAAUAAAGACUCAACAUGUGCUCCAAU